AGCGAGUUCCUCCUCCUUCCCCUUCCCGCUAUCCCUGAGUCUAGGGCUCCCAGGGGCGUAUGACGCCAGCGCCCUCUGACCGCACCUCUGACUACAACAAAUCCCUACUCCACCCGUCUUCUUUGUCCCACCCUUGGUGACAUAGAACCCCAGCCCAGGCCCCGCCCAAAGCACUCAUUUAACUGUUAUUGCGGAGCUGCGAGGCGCUGCUUCUGCUCGCUGCAACUCGCUUAGGCAGCUGGGCGUAGCUGCGACCCGGCGGAGUCCCGGCGGCGCGUACUUAUUCUGACCUCCCGCGCCAUGACUGUCGCGCGGCCGAGCGUGCCCGCGGCGCUGCCCCUCCUUGGGGAGCUGCCCCGGCUGCUGCUGCUGCUGCUGCUGCUGUGCCUGCCGGCCGUGUGGGCUGACUGUGGCCCUCCCCCCGCUGUACCUAAUGCCCAGCCAGCUUUGAAAGGCCUUACAAGUUUUCCCGAGAACACCGUAAUAACGUACAGAUGUGAUGAAAACUUUAUGAAAAUUCCUGGUAAGCAGGACUCAGUGAUGUGCCUUCCGGACAGUCAAUGGUCAGAUAUUGAAGAGUUCUGCAAUCGUAGCUGCGGUGCACCAACCAGGCUAAAGUUUGCAUCCCUCAAACAGCUUUAUAUCCCUCAGAGUUAUUUUCCAGUCGGUACUGUUGUGGAAUAUGAGUGUCGUCCAGGUUACAGAAGAGACCCUUCUCUAUUAGCAAAACUAACUUGCCUUCAGAAUUUAAAAUGGUCCACAGCAGCUGAAUUUUGUAAAAAGAAAUCAUGCCCUAAUCCUGGAGAAAUACCAAAUGGUCAGAUCGAUACAUCAAAUGGCAUAUUAUUUGGUGCAGCCAUCUCCUUCUCAUGUAACACAGGGUACAAAUUAUUUGGCCCGACUUCUAGUUUAUGUCUUGUUUCAGGCAGUGGAGUCCAGUGGAGUGACACGUUGCCAGAGUGCAGAGAAAUUUAUUGUCCAGCACCACCACAAAUUGACAAUGGAAUAAUUCAAGGGGAACGUGAACAUUAUGGAUAUAGACAGUCUAUAACGUAUUUAUGUAAUAGAGGAUUCACCAUGAUUGGAGAGCACUCUAUUUAUUGUACUGUGAAUGACGAUGAAGGAGAGUGGAGUGGCCCACCACCUGCAUGUAGAGCAAACUCUCUAGUUUCCAAGGCCCCACCAACAGUUCAGAAACCUACCACAGUAAAUGUUCGAACUACAGAAGUCUCACCAACUUCUCAGAAAACCACCACACCAAAUGCUCAAGCAACACGGAGUACACCUGCUUCCAGGACAACCAAGCAUUUUCAUAAAACAACCCCAGAUAAAGGAAGUGGAACCAGUUCAGGUGCUACCCAUCUUCUAUCUGGGACAUAUACAUCAAGGUCAUCAUGAAGAUGAUGACACAUGAGGAGGUGUUAUGUUUGAAGACAGGCAGAGAAGGAAAGGACUAGAGACAUUUAGUCAAUUAACAGGCAAUGCUAAAGACCCAGUUGAGGUGAGUGCUCAUGAAUUUAGAGAGCAAUCAUCAAGCUUCGUUCUGAGUUUUUCUGCAGUCAUAUUUAGCUUUCUAGAGACGGUCUCAGAAAAAACCAGUUGCUUGGAUUUAAUCAUGAUUGGGUGUUCCCAGGUGAAUUUGAUGACGUGAGUUGAGCAUGUGCACAAGGGAGUGAUUAAAAUGAUGGACCAUAGAAUUUAAGCUGUGUGAGAAGGGAAGUGAAGACAUAUGGGUGGUAAGAAACAAAGAGUAACAGGAUCAAUAUUUUGUAGGCCUUAAUGGGGUCGUGUCAUUGUUAGACUUGGGGUACUAUUUAGGGUGAACUAGAAUGGUAAUAUGUAGUAGUGAGAAAUAAGAAUGCCUCAAUUGAGGGUAAAACAGAAUUGGCAACCAGAGGACAAAGCUGUCUACAAAUACACUUCCCCUUCAUUUUGGGCACAAAGUUAGACACAUUUCCUGGCACCCUUGCAGUUAAGUGUAGAAGGACUGAGUUCUGGCCAAAGCAACAUGAUCACAGAUGUGGAGCAUUUCUAGGUCUGGCCCUAAAACAUUCCAUAUGCGAUCCUCCUUGCCUCUUUCCCUACACUGAGUUGAUGAAAGUGACUCUAGUAACCUAGUAAGUCACAUGCUAAAGAUGACAGAACCACAGAAAGGAAGGAGCUUGAGUCAUUGCUUUGAGUAGAGCUGUCUGCUGAUCAGCAACACCCACUUUAGAUUUCACGUGAAGAAGAAAUAAACUUCUGUCAUGUUUGACUUCUAACAUUUUGGGGAUUGGUGUGUUACGUUAUUGUGGUCGACAUUAUUUAAACUAACACUGAAGCCUUCUAGAUUUUGGUGAUGCAAGAGUUUAGACAGAACUGUGGUUGUGAGAAGUUGAAAUAAAAUGGUGGACAAAAGUAUUGGUGCAGAGGAGGCCAUGGAACAUCUUAAUUGAUACUGAAAUCACCAAAAAGCAUGAGGAUUCAUGUUAGAAAGUCAUACUGAGUCAGGGGCUAAAAUCUUCAAGAAAUGAGGAGUGGCUUGUACAUCUGAAGAUGAUUGCAAACAACAAGACAGCAGGUGCUAUAUUCUGAUGAUAUGCAACUCAAAGGAAAGGGUUUUGUGGAAAGGAAAGAGGAUUGGUCUGCAAAUAGCAAUGAUGAAUAAAAUAGUGCACCAACUUCACCUCUAUGCCUGGUACUAUGUGGAACAAAAGUGCAAUGAGAUAUUUUUGCCUACUAGAGAUUUGUCUGCACAUUCAAACCUACUGUUUGAUCCUCUUCCACUCCUUGUUAUUGCAAUCCCUUUACUUUCUGGUCACCCCUGUCUGUUGAGGGAUUUGGAACCUGGCUCACUGUCUCCCAACCAUCCUACAAUCUGGUAUUAUCCAUAAUUAUUUCACAUUGACAAAGAUGACUCCUUAUAACAUCCGUGCCUCUGGUUUUAUUGACCUUUUGAUUUCUAAUGACCUCUUUCACUGUACCUGAGUCACUCAUCUCCAUGGAACCUUCUUAAAUCACUAAUUGAGGCAUAUUUUCUUGCUUAUUAUAAUCUAUUCAGCGUUCUAGUUUAGUUACCCCAGUAUGUUAAUCAACUCUCCACUUUCUUCCUAUUUAUAAGUCUCCUACUGUGAUGGAUGUUUUCUGUUUGUUCAUCCAGAACCACUCUGUAGCACACUCCACCUUGCUGUGACCUCAAAGGCUGACCUAUAAUGGAAGCUGUGGAGAGGAGAGAGAGCUGCAUUCUUUCUAAUUUUUGUUUUGUAUCAAAACACUCCACAACUUCUUAUUUUAUUUCAUUUUUUUUCUACCAUUCUAUCACCAAAGGAUGGCUCCCCUUCCUUUUUGCCCUUUUCCUCUUUUAGAAACUACGUCUUUCAAAAGCUGUCAACUCAGAUCACAUUAUGUUUAUGUCCCUUUCCUGAAGGUGUGCUUGUAGUUAGUGCUCUGGUCUACAAGGACACCUUUUCAGCAUUUUCAUUUUUACGGCAGACUCUUACUUUCUGGCAGUGGUCUUGGAGCAAUUUGAGGACUCUGCUAGCUCAGCUUUUUUCUUUCAUGAAGUCUUCCCACAGACUACCCUUGCUCACCACAGAGGCUUCUAGGAGCAGUGUGAAGAACUCCUAGGUCAUUUUUGUUUUGUUUGUUUUCUUAUGGGCAGUUUGAAGGUGGUGCUUUGUCUUCUAGUUAUGUUGAGAGUGUGGUUUUUGUAUGACCACACUUCCUAUUGGUGUAGCUGUGGAAAAUCAGAUGCUUUUAUAUAUUAUUGGUGGGAAUGCAAACUGAUACGGCCAUUUUAUAUGGGGAUUUUUCAAUAUCUAAAACAAAUGCAUACACAUUUACCCUUUGAUCCACCAAUCUCAUGUCUAAAAAUGAACUCUGAGGCUAUACCUCCAAAAAUAUGAAAAUACACAGGUACAAGAUUAUUCACCAGAACAUGGUUUGUCAUUGCAAAAGAUUGGAAACCAUCUAAAUGACUUGCUGAAUAAACUAUGUUAUAUCCAAACAAUGGAAUACUAUGCAGCUGUGAAAAAGAACAAGGAAUAUCUCUGAACUAUUAUGAAGUAUUUCUAGAAUAUUAUUAAGUGAAAAAAGUAAAUACAAAAGACUUUGGUAUGCUACUUCUCAUGUGAAAAAGAAGAAAUAAAAAAAUGCAUGUCCUUGUUUGUACAAAAAGAAACAUAGGAUGGAUAAACUAGAACCAAUGAGAUAGUUACAUACAAGGCAUGGGUGGAAACAAUGGGGAAGAUGGGAAUUCCUUCUAAUUUUCAUUUUGUCUCACAAAUUUUAGAAUCCUUAUCUCACAUAUUAAAAAGCCAAGUAAAUAUAAGCAAUGAAAACAGAAAAAAAUU